AUGAUUAAAAAUAAAGGUUAUUGGGUCUAUGGAGGUGCUCUGGCGUUGGCUCUGCUUGGCACAUUCAAAUAUACUAUGAAAUCUAAACAAUAAAAGCCGACAGGCCAAGUAGAAUUCAGUCUACUAUAAUCAUCCAUUACUCUUGAUUACAAUAAGAAGCCAGCAGGCAUAAUAAACAACGGGAAUACGUGCUUCUUGAAUUCCGUAUUACAAUGGCCUUAAGUUCAUAACCCAAUUUCAUUGAAUACCUAUUUGAAUUAGUCUUAGUAGAUCUGCUUAGAAUUGGCUAAAAUCAUGAAGUACCUCAAUAGUGAUUUGGAAGUGAUAAACGCAUCCGAUUUGAUUGAUCUGCUAUCAGAAGAUGCCGAUUACUCCUUUUUUUAUGAACAAUAGGAUUCUCACGAACUCUUCAACAUGCUCAUGAAACACAUUGAAGAAGCCAAUAACCAAGUUAAUUCAUUUGAUUUAACCAUGUUGAGAUCAAAACAAAUGAAAUCCAAGAAUCCUUUUCUUCAUCACACCAAGGUUCAAAUUAAGUGCAAUACUUGUAACCAUUCUUUUAACUCACUCAAAGUAGAAAGCAACUAUGCAUUCCAUUUCAAUCUCAAUCAUGCAAGAACAGUUCCAGAAGCAAUCGAUUAUAUUUAGAAACCUGAAACAAUCACUGAAUAUAUUUGUCUCUAUUGUUCCCUUUAAUUUUUAAGGAAAAAGUACACAUUGACCGAACAACAGAAUAUAAUUGAUUCAUAUUUCUCAGCCAACAAUUACGAUGAGGAUUCUUUCACAAUCCUUAAGAAAAUCAUCGAGCAAUUGAAUACAGUCCAAGGCAAUUAAGUUGAAUUGGAUCCAUAGAAGGCAUGUCUUAAAAGAACCGUGACACGUUAGACUUACAUUGCAAAAUAUCCAAAAACGUUUUGUUUUUUCGUCAACCGACUCAUUGUACAUCCCUAUCAUGGUUUGAUUAAAUUGGAUGAUCCAGUUUACUUGGAUUCUAAUUUUCCCAUAGCUGAUAAGGAAUUCACUCUCUCUGCAUUAGUUUGUCAUCUAGGAGAUUCCAAAUCAGGCCACUAUGUUGCAUUCAAAAGAACAUUUGCUUAGGAUCUGGAAUCAUCAAUGAGUCUAAAUAAAACAUACAAGAAAUGUGAAUGGUAUGCUAUUUCUGACGUUAAAGUCGCUGUCACAAAACAACCACAGCAAGGUGAAGCGUAUUUAAUUUUUUAUGACACAUAUUGA